CCCUCUCUCACUCUGGGCGCUGUGCGUGUGUUGUGUGCGCUUCGCGAGGAUAUGGAAGAUGGCGAGCGCGGAGAUCGCGGCGGAGCAUGAGCGAAUCUUGCGGGAGAUUGAGAGCACAGACACCAACUGCAUCGGCCCAACACUCCGGUCCGUUUAUGAUGGACAGGAACAUGGACUCUUCAUGGAGAAGCUGGAGGGUCGGAUCCGCAACCACGACCGUGAAAUUGAGAAGAUGUGCAACCAUCACUUCCAGGGCUUUGUGGACUCCAUUACUGAGCUGCUCAAAGUGCGCGGAGAAGCUCAGAAACUGAAGGGGCAGGUGACCGAGACCAAUCAGAAACUGCAAAAUGAUGGCAAGGAGCUCCUGACGUCAAUGAAUGAGCUGAGGCAGUGCCGUGUGCAGCAGAGAAACAUUGCCACCACUAUUGACAAACUCACACACUGCUUACCAGUGUUGGAGAUGUACAGCAAACUGCAGGAACAGAUGAGGGCCAAAAGAUACUACCCAGCACUACGGACCCUGGAACAGUUGGAGGAGAGCUGUUUGCCUCAAGCAGGAUCCUAUCGUUUCUGCACCAUCAUGGCAGAGAAUAUCCCACGUCUGCGCACGCACAUCAGAGACGUCUCCAUGUCUGACCUCAAAGACUUCCUGGAGAGCAUCCGCAAGCAUUCGGAUAAGAUCGGAGAGACUGCCAUGAAACAGGCACAGGUGCAGAUCGCCCGUGACAAUGCUGUGACCUCACAACAGCGGUCAGCGAGUGGACGGAGGAUACGGAAGGAAGGAUACGGAAGCACGGAGGUGGACAGAACUGGAAACAAUCCCUUCUCAGAACAGGAUUCUGGGAUCCUGGAUGUGGAUGAUGAACAAGAGGAGGAGGUUCCUGGUGCGCAUGACUUGGUGGACUUCUCUCCUGUGUAUCGCUGUUUACACAUCUACACUGUAUUGGGUGCUCGGGACACUUUUGAAAACUACUACAGGAAGCAGCGGCGGAAACAGGCCCGGCUUGUGCUUCAGCCUCACUCUAACAUGCAUGAAACAUUAGAGGGCUACAGGCGCUACUUCAAUCAGAUUGUGGGUUUUUUUGUAGUUGAAGACCACAUCCUACACACCACACAAGGCUUGGUAAACAGGGCUUACGUGGAAGAAUUGUGGGAACUGGCUCUUUCCAAGACCAUUGCAGCCUUGCGUACACAUUCAUCUUAUUGCACUGAUCCAGACCUGGUUUUAGAUCUGAAGAAUCUCAUAGUGCUGUUUGCAGACACAUUGCAGGGUUAUGGCUUUCCAGUAAACCAGUUGUUCGACAUGUUGUUGGAGAUGAGGGAUCAAUAUGGAGAGAUCCUGCUGAAAAAGUGGUCCCAGUCCUUCAGGCAAAUCUUGGAUCAGGACAACUACAGUCCGAUUCCCGUAGUGUCCCCUGAAGAGUACCAGCGAAUAACUGGACAGUUUCCCUUCCAGGAUCCAGAGCUCGACAAGAUGCCUUUUCCAAAGAAGCUGCCAUUUUCUGAAUUUGUGCCUAAAGUAUACUCGCAACUCAAAGAAUUCAUCUACGCCUGUCUGAAAUACUCGGAGGACCUGCACCUUAGCUCUACAGAAAUUGAUGACAUGAUUCGUAAAUCUACAAAUCUCCUGCUUACGCGAACUCUUAGCCACUGCCUACAGUAUGCCAUUAAGAAGAAAAACGUAGGACUGGCAGAGUUGGUGCAGAUCAUCAUCAACACCACUCACCUGGAGCAGUCCUGUCAUUAUCUAGAAGAGUUCAUCUCCAACAUAACUAAUGUGCCUCCUGACACCAUCAAUGCCACAAAGCUCUAUGGAACCUCCACCUUCAAGGAUGCAAGGCACGCCGCUGAAGAAGAGAUUUAUACUAACCUGAAUCAGAAGAUUGACCAGUUUCUGCAGCUGGCCGAUUAUGAUUGGACAGCAGCACAGGGUGGUGGGCAGGCCAGUGACUACCUGAGUGACCUCAUCGCUUUUCUCUGUAGCACCUUUGCAGUGUUUACUCACCUGCCUGGCAAUGCUAUAGAGCACGCCACACUACCGGGAAAGGUGGCUCAGACAGCAUGUAUGUCAGCCUGUAAACACCUCUCCACCUCCUUGCUGCAGCUGCUGUUGGAGGCUGAUGUCAGGCAAGUGUCUAUGGGAGCCCUGCAGCAGUUCAACGUGGACGUCAAAGAAUGUGAAAGGUUUGCCAGGGCCGGCCCGGUGCCUGGCUUCCAGGGGGACACUCUGCUGCUCGCCUUCAUCGACUUGAGACAAUUACUGGAUCUCUUCACUCAGUGGGACUGGUCCACAUAUCUGGCUGACUACGGCCGACCCACCUGCAAAUACCUGCGAGUCAAUCCUCACACAGCUCUGGCCCUCUUAGAGAAGAUUUCUCGAUCGAUGAAGGACACCAGCCGCAAGAACAACAUGUUUGCCCAGUUCCGUAAAAACGAACGGGACAAGCAGAAGCUCAUAGACACCGUUGUCAAACAGCUGAGAAAUCUCAUUGCCUCCAACCAAGCCUGAGAAAGCCAAUGCUUCAGCGAAUGACCCCACGUCACGAUGAGCGUGUGGACUGCUCUGGCACAUCUCUAGUAGCUGGACGUAUUAUUCUUUUCACACAGACAUUUGCACUAACAUGCGCAUAUAGAUGCACCUCUAUGAAAGGUGCGUCUGCUAAACCAUCCCGUGCCUGUGUGAUGCGGUGUCCAUGUCUUCCUGCGGGACUGUCUCAACACAUUAAGGACACCAAAUCACAUUUUGCUCUUUGGUUGUGUUUUAUUAUUUGUGUAUUAAGCGUCUUACAACAGAACCGUUUUUCCAUCACACUAAUUUGCUGUCAUACGUUGAACUGCCUUUAUAUGUAGUUCUUAAGUAUUAUUUAUCCCCUUUUUUCAAUUUUCAGCUACAGUUACACUAUAAUGUGAAUAUUAAAUUGCAGAAAAUUGGAACACUAACUAGGCUUGAAUAUUGCUGUUGUGAUGUCUUACAGAUCAAAUUUAAAAGGAUCGUUCAACCACAUAUGAAAGUUCUGUCAUGAUUUAUUCAUCGUUUCUUUCCUCUGUGGAACACAAAUGUGUUUUGAGAAAUGCGUCUAAGUGCUUCUAAGCAUUUCAUUUUGUGUUCUUCAGAAGAAGGUUGAACAAGAAUAAAUAUCUUCAAUAUCUUUGAGAAUAGGAAAUAAUAUUGUCAUUUGAGGGGUCAAGGGUUCAUCUGAGUGCUAAUCAUAAUGAGGGACGUUUGAUGGAGUUCUUAAUACAAGGAGUCCAGUUACUGCCCUUGUUAAAUCUUUCAUUUGUAGUAAUUGUAUACUAGACAUUCAGUACUUCAGCUUUUGUCUGUUACAGCCAAGAUGUAGAUUAUACUGUAGCUUAAUACCUUUUGACCUAAGAAGAUUAGUUCGCAGUCAAAAACAUGUUUUUGAUUGUACUUCCAAUAUGCAGUAUAUGGACGCACUGUAUGUCUCUUGUAGUCAGAUAUAUCACCCAGCAUUCAUUGCAAGAACUGAGUGAAGAUGUGUAAAGUGGAGGAACUUGAUGAAAUGAUGCAGGGUAAUAGCACAAUUAUACAGUCACAUUGUACAUUAAAACUAAUAUAAAAUGCUUUUAGUAUUUAAACCAUGUUGUCUUCCCUUAACGGUAAUAUUUCUACUGAUAGGAUUGCGGGUGCAAUAUUACAUGCCAUUUUUCCUUUUCAAAUUCAAAGAGUUUUAGGUAGCAAAGAUUGUUUGUUUGUUUGUUUGUUUAAAGGGAGUUUUUUUCUUUUCAUUUUACUUUGUGUAUUGAAGCCUGUCGCUUACAAUGGAUGCAAACUAUAAAGGGAAUUCUUCAUGUUUAGAGACGGAACAAGCACAGUGUCAAAUUAUUUCAGGCUGUUUUCUUGGUUCAGCUCUUCCUGUUUGUGCCUUGACUUUUUUUCCAUGCCAAUAACUGAUUUCCGCACAGCACCUGGAUGUAUAAGCAAGGUAUGGACGUGUGUUGGUGUGUGUGAGUGUGCAUGAGGACAUUCAGCCUUAGCGGACCACUCUGGUUGUAGAGAGCAGAACUGACUCCAGAGAAAUGCACUGUACAGAUUGUUAUUUUAAACCACUUAUGAAUAUUACAAUACUAAUAAAUUUAGCACAUGCCAGCAAAUGCGUUAUACAUCAAAAA